AUGGGGCGCAGGAAGAUAGAGAUCGAGCCGAUUACGGACUCGAAGACUAGAGGCAUAACCUUCUUGAAGCGUAAAGCGGGUAUAUUUAAGAAGGCACAUGAGCUGAGCGUGCUGUGCAAUGUGGAUGUGGCGGUGGUGGUGCUGGGUGCCAACGGGACGUUCUACGAGUUCAGCAGUGUCGAGAUGGACGAGCUCCUGCGGUACUACACGGAUCAGAACGGGAUGGGCCUGCUUCAUAUAAAGACCGAGCCUUCUGCUUACGGUGACGGGUACAAGAAGACGCCUACGGUGAAGUACCAAGGCACAAGACACCUGAAACGUGGUCGUAGGCUGGCCAAGACCAAGAGUGUGGACUUGAACCAGAUUAGAAGAGCUUCAGUGGGUGCCCCAGACAACUCUACUGUGAAUGCCAGCUCAGAAACGAACAAGAAACGCCAGAUCAAGGACGAAGAAGGAAACGGUGUGGAUGACGACCUAAAUAACGCCGCGGUCAAGUUGAGAAAGCUGACUCACGCAAGGCAUCACAGUACCGGAAACUCAUUGCUACCACAAAUGGAUAGCAAUGUGAAACUCGGUAGUCUGGCUUUUGACUCUCACGAACGUGAUUCAGACUUGAAACUGACAAGAACCAGAAGCUUCCCAUUUGUAGGUGACAUAUCAACCGAAAAGGUUACACAGACCAAUGAGCAACUGGAAAAAGCAGCUCCAAAAUUCAUAGUGAAUUCACCUCCCGGCUCUUUAAAUAGAGAAUCAUCACAUUCAAACUAUAUGAGACCAGCAACUAAUUUUAACAUGGGUAGAUCAUCAACCAAUGGGUCCACUUCCAAAAAACUAAAACCAAUACUAAAACUUAAUAUUCCCAUAGAUAACACUAAUGCAGCAAACGGUGUUAGAAAUUACUCAAACCAACAUGCCUCCAACAGCGCCGAGAAUGACCUACCUAAACAUAUCAUAAGGACACCCUUCCAGGGUUCUAACUUCCGUGUUUCACCUAACGUAAAGCAUGAAGGUAGCUAUUUCAAGAAUGAAAACAUUAUUGACAGUGAAAACGGUAAUUCAAAACUCACAUUUUCAUAUGGCAACGAUAAGAACAUUAAGAAUCAAUUUAGGCCUCCGUUCUUCGGCUCAAUGAAAGGCAAUAACAGUGCCGGAGGUAGCAAUAACAUCGCUGGAUCACCAACAAACCAGUACCUGAUAACACCAUUGCAACAAAUGAAUCCAAAUAGAGUGCCCUUAUAUAAAGGUGCAGCAACAACUAAUAGUGGCUCUUCUUUAUCAACCUCACUAAACAUGAAUGGAGAAGUUAGCACACCUAAUACUGCAAAUGGAAAUACUGCUUCACAAAGACAGUUGUUUGGAGCAUUCUACUCCUCAGGGGCCGACUCUGGAAAGCUUCAUAAGAAUGACAAGCCUAAUAUGUUUAGUAAUAACCAAGGAGAUGAAAAUGAUGAUGUUGAGGGUCAAGAUGAUGUAGGUCAAGAAACCAGAAGUGAGAAUACAAGUAUGGCAAUGAACCGUAACAUUAUGCCUGCCACAACCCCUAUAGGUCCUGAAUCAAGUUCGCAGCCACUGAAAAUGGGACCGGAUUUCUUGGGUAGUACUAACUCUCCAAAUACUUCUACAAUGCUAUUUCCAGAUUGGAAUUUGUCUGCGACAGGUACGAAUUUUAGCGGACAGAAUUUCUUGAACAGUGCCGGCCCAAAAUCUGGUAAUAUAUUCGGAUUCCCACCUUUGGCUAAUUAUCCUUUUGUGGGUACAGGAUACGGAAACAGUAGCAAUAAUAGUAACAACAACAACAACAACAACGGUAACAACACUAACAGCAACAGCAACAACCAAAGUAUUAAUGGAGGAAACCCUUCAAAAAUUUCUGGUUCAGAAUUAAGUCCGUAUCUUCCACACCUACAUACCCCUUAUCCAGGUAAAAUUUUCCAGUUCAAUAACAAUGAUACAAAUGAAAGUUACCAGGCUUCAAAAUGA